UUCAAGAUAUUAAUUGCAGGUUGUUUUAUUAUGGAGGCAAUUAUAAGCAUUGAAUUGAACUGCUUAACUUCCUCCCAACUGGUAAUAAAACAAUUUCCAUCUGCUAAAAAUAUUUUUUGAAAUGGUGUGUUGUAAGUGUAAUGGCAAAACAAAUACAGUUAAUGACUUGCUGCUAAAUUUAUUUAUGAGAAAUUUUGUAGUUCUGUCUAAAACUCCAGAAUUCCCUUGGAAUACAUCUCUCAUGUGAGAACAAAAUGUGAAUAGAAGUCAGCAUCGUUAUAUGAAGAUCACUUAGUGGACAAGCGUUAUCCAUGCUUGGAACAAUGUCUGGUCUUUAUGCGAUACCCUGGUGCAAGGAAUCCCUGCUAUUGACAAUCUUGAUGUCAGUCAUUGGAGGUUCCCUGGGAAUUCUGGACACAGGUGGCAAUGUACUGGCACUGUAUACCUGGGGAUCAGAGGCUGGGCCACACUUGCAGGCUUUGCACUUCAGUUUUGCUGCUGGUGCAUUUCUGGCUCCUAUCGUGGCUCAAAUGGACUCGAGGAGUUCUGAACCUGAAGAAAUUGCAGGGGCUGAAAAGACAAACCAGUCUGUCCUCAAGUUGGUGCCGACAGCGUCAGCUGCAUCAACUACACCAGCACUGAAUGACCAUCACAAUGAAGGCUUUUUGUGGUCCUAUAUUUUCAUAGGGACCUAUAUUCUCUUCGUUUCCUUCUUGUUUUUUGUUUUGUAUUCAAAGAGCAGCUCAGCUAGAGACAAAUCAAAGGCUCCUGCGCAGGACAGACUUGCCAAAUACCACUGGCCUCUAGUUGGUCUCCUGUUUGUAUUCUUCUUCUUCUAUGUGGGAGCUGAGGUCACUUAUGGCUCCUACGUAUUUACUUAUGCAAUGGUCUUUGCCGAGAUGACGGAAAGUCAAGCAGCUGCUUUGAAUUCUCUCUUCUGGGGCACGUUUGCCGUGUGCAGAGGAGCGGCGAUAUUCGGUGCUGCUUUACUGUCCCCUGCCACCAUGAUCGUGGCGAGCCUCCUGUGCUCUGCUGCCUCCUCGGCAGCCCUGGCCUUCGUGCAUCACCGAGCCGCGCUGUGGGUGGGAACCGCCGUGUACGGAGCAUCCAUGGCCACCAUCUUCCCCAGCGGCAUUGCCUGGAUAGAGCAGCACACGGCUGUGGGAGGAAAAACGGCGUCUCUGUUUGUGGUGGGCGCGACGCUGGGCGAAAUGUGCAUUCCUGUCGCGGUGGGCUAUCUCCAAGGCAGGUACCACCACGUUCCUGUCGUUAUGUACACUGCCUUCAUCACUUCCAUAGUGACAGUGCUGCUCUUCCCUGCCAUGUACAAACUGGCCAACUGGCCCCAGCAGCGUGACUUGCAAGAAGUGAGUGACAGGGAGACCCGGAAAACUUUGUUGUCAAACUCGAGGCUUCCUGAGGACGAGGAGGAGGAGGAGCAUGUGAGAGAGUGGAACGAUGCGGACUUUGAGGUAAUAGAAAUGAAUGGCAAGCAAAAAAACUCUCUGACAGACACCUCCUGUAGGAUACCAGGGGAUUCUCCAGCUGAAAUCUCUCUCCAGCCUCAUCUGGACGAUGCAUUGGGCAAUUCUCCAGUGAUUGCUGAUGGCUCCCCUGGGGAAUAAAAUGGGAGUGUUGACUGGGAGAAGAGUGAAUAGUCAAAGCUUUUUUUAAAAUGGAAAUGCAGUUGAAUUUUAGCUGUUGUCAAGUGAUUCAGGUAUCCUUUCAUAGUGGUGCAGAGCUCAGCAUGUUGAUUUUCCCAAUUCUUUCUCCUCUUUCAUUUUCAGCCUGCAGGGAUAUGUCUUGGAGUUAGGAAGGUUGUCAGUGAUGUGAUAGGGGCAACAUGCUAAAUGUUUGGCUAUGCCAAAACUGUUAAAAUGUAUGAGUUGUUCUCUAAAUAUGAGGCAUGCAUCCCAGGAAGAGAUGCUGUAAUAACUGGGAAAGAAGGGGACUACUCAGACUACUCAGUUUUUUGAGGUGGGUGAAAGGUGCAGGUCUGAGAUGCUUUGUCACAAAAUGAUUUCAUGAGAGGAGAGACAUUUGUUACCAGUAGUGCUGAAUUUUCUUACCUUGUGAAGGUGGAAUGUUUCUACUGCAUUUGAAAGUUGUGUGUGAUCAGUUCAGUUAAAAUUUCUGGUGAUGCCCAGCAGCACUAAAUUGAAUAACCUUUUGCCAAAACUGUAGGAAUUUUUGGUUCUGAGACAAAGACAAGAGAAAACUGGAAGUUGUUUCCUACAAAUGAAACCAUGCCUUUGGGUCAUUUAAAAGCAGUUUAUGAGAAAGGGCACAAAAUGGGCUGUUGUUUAUCUGCUCAAAUGCACAACUCCAACCUGCUAAACAGUGGCAACAAAUCUAAAUAAUCUAAAGCAUUUCUGAUUUUAAUUAUGGCACUGCCACUGAAAUCAACAAAUGUACACAGAAGAUGAUAAAAUUAGCACAUAAUCUUUGAAUGGUUUGAGUUGGAAGGGACCUUUAAAGAUCAUCCAGUAGCAACCUGCUGACAUGGCAGGGAAAACCUUCCACUGGAGAAAGUUGCUCAGAACUCUAUCCAGACUGGCCUUGAAAACUUCCAGGGAUGGGACAUCCACAACUUCUCAGGGCAACCUGUUUCAGUGCCUCACCACCCUCACAGGAAAGAUUUUUCCCCCUGAUAUCUAAUCUAAACCUACUCUCUUUCAGUUUGAAGCCAUUCACCCUUGUUCUAUCACUACACGCUCUUGUAAAAAGUCCCACUCCACCUUUCUUGCUGGCUCCCUUCAGGUAAAAGAGAUUACUUAAUAUAUGGAAUUUUUAAGCCAGUUGUUUAAAUUAAGGUUAUAACAACUUCUCUGGUUUCCUGUGCCAAGACUUAACAGGGCAAUGUGUUACAAUGAAGAUUUGAGAAGGAGAGGAAUUAUCAAUGAGACAAUUCUUUCUUUGGCUACUUGCUCCUGGCCAGUUGGAUUGGUGACAUUUGGGUUUUUUCUCUGUGGGAUUACAUGGAGAUGGACUCUCCAUAGUGGACUUCUCCCUAGUGGAGAAGUAGUGGUUGUAUGUGAAGGUUCAUUGCUGCUAAGCAGGAAGCCCUGAGGAGGUGCAGCCAUGCCAGGGAGCCCUCCCAGUAAGAGGG